AUGUCCGAGUUGGAUGCGGCCAUUAAGGGGCUGAAUCUGGUGAUUUCGUGGGGUGUGCGCACGGUGACAUUUUGUACUGACUCGGCAGCGGUGGCAUCCUCGAUCCGAGACGCGGUGAGCGGCCGGGCGCGGCUGCGGUCGAAGGCUCGGGGCGAGCUGCUCAUCCGCAUGCGCCUGGGGAUCGUCGCCCAGCUGGUGGAGGGGUUUGGGCUGACGCUGGACGUCAAACUGGUGACGUCGGCAGAUAACAUGGCGGACGCGCUCACACGAAUGCCACGUCAUUGGCUUGACGCCACCAGCCUCGCCUCGGGUGUCGUCCUGGAGGACCCGGGAGGCGGCGUGGUGGAGGACGGGAGCUGGCUGCGGCCGGAGGCAAUAGCAGCCAUGCAUAUAAAAAUGGCUGAGCUGGACGCGGCGCUCAGCGGCGUCAACAUGGCGAUCGCGUGGGGUAUCAAAGACAUCGAUCUCCGCACGGACUCAGCGACUGUACAUAAGUGGGUCAGUGACGCGCUGAGCGGCCGUUCGCGCCUCCGGACAAAAGCUCACGCCGAGGUGCUGAUUCGCCGGCGGGUGGACAUCAUUCGGGAGCUGGUGACUGAGUUCCAGUUGACAAUCACGAUCGAGCUCGUCAAAACGGAUGAAAACCCGGCGAACGUGAUGACUCGCGUGCCAAAAGAAUGGCUUCGAGCCUGCAGGGCAGAGGAAGAAGCAGGAGCGAUUACGUGUGCAGCGCCGGUGGCGGCCGCAGUGGUGACGGACGGAGAGCCCACGCCUCCCGACACGGCAGCUAUGAUUCGAGCUGUCCACGAGAACAUUGGACACCAAGGUGUGAGGCGUACGCUAUGGUAUUUGCGGCGUGACGGUGAGCAGUGGGCCACUAAGCCAGCAGUGCGCGCAGUGAUUCGGACGUGUGACGUGUGCCAGUCAAUUGACCCGGCACCGACCCGCUGGCGACACGAGUCACUGGGCGUUCAACUGACCUGGGAGCGUCUCGCCAUCGACGUCACACACUACCGUGGCGAUCACUAUCUGACCGUGGUCGACUGUGGUCCGUCCCGCUAUGGAAUAUGGCGGCGACUGCGCCGGUCAGACGCAGCCGAGAUCACUGCUCAUCUCGAAACCGUCUUCCUGGAGCACGGGGCGCCGGCAGAACUGCUUCUGGAUAACGCCACUGAGUUCCGCGGUCGCCGCAUGGGAGCGUUCGCGGCGAGGUGGGGCGUGACCCUGUGGUUCAGGGAGGUGCACGAGGCAGGCGGGAACGGCAUCGCGGAGCGUCAUCACCGGACGAUCAAAGUGAUGUCAGCCCGCAAAGGAUGUACCAUCGCGGAAUCACUUCACCGCUACAACAUGACGCCCCGAGAUGGCUCGCAGCCUGAGAGCACUCCCGCCGCCGGCGUGUUCCGUCGCGUCGGGCGUGACCUGCCGGUGACCGGCGCUGGCGGACACGAUGACCGGCCGCCGCCGGUUAUCCCGGCAGACUCUGAGCGGGGAACCGGCUUUAGGGAGGGCGACCUGGUGUGGACGCGCCUGGAGGACGCCGUCUAG